GUUUGGUAGACUCACCAGGACGACGCCUUAGUAACCAACUAAGUGCCAUUCUAGGAUCUUGCAUGAUGAAGUACCCUGUGGAUGAGUCUGUAGCGUCCAUCGGAUAACACGUUUGUUAUCUACAACAACGUGGGGCGUGGAGCAAACCCCGCGACAUGUAACACGAGAUGAGUUUGGUAACUCUUCUUACAGUGGGAACUUCGUAAAGCAAAAAGAACGAGGUUUUCAUUCUUGCAUGUCUACAAAACUCUGCAAAGUAAUCGUUGUAUCAUGACACGGUUAUUCGAUGUUGUACUCCGACUUAAGCCACUACAGUGGCAGAAGAUUUUAGAAGAUCUUCGUAGCAUCAAAGGGAUUCUUUCUAAGGUCCAAUUGAUACUAUUCGACGGUUAUACUAAGGAGUACUGUGCAUAAAUUUAAAAGGAUGAUCAUAAUUUUAUAUUUUUCCAAAUAUCCCGUCCGGACGCGUCAAUCCAUUCAAUCUUCUCAAAGUUUGAAGCUUUUGAGCAAGAACCCUCCUUCCUUUCCCAAUCCCCCGAUUUCCCAGUUCUGCAAUUUCUCCAUUGUUUCACUCCAGGCUGCCUGAACCUUUCAAUCUUCAACUCUCCUGUUCUGAAAGAAAAGAGUUUUGUUGGUUUGAUUGGAUUUGAUGGAUACCAAUAAGUGGAGGCCUUCUCAAGUUGGAGAGGCCGCCAUGGAUGCCGGCGAUUGGAGGAGUCAGCUGCAGGCUGAUUCGAGGCAAAGAAUUGUCAACAAGAUAAUGGAUACAUUGAAGAGGCAUCUUCCCUUCUUCGGACAAGAUGGAUUGCGGGAACUCAGUAAAAUUGUUGUAAGGUUUGAGGAAAAGAUUUAUACUGCAGCCACAAGCCAGUCGGAUUAUCUACGGAAAAUUUCUCUGAGGAUGCUCACAAUGGAGACCAAGUAUCAGAAUUCAAUGGGCAAUCCUUUACAAUCUAACUCUGCUGGUAAGAGCAACAGGCCCCCUGAUCCAGGGUCUUUUGGUAUGCAACCCCAAGUCCCCAAUCAUGGGCAAUCACUCUCUAUGCCGUUACCAGCUAAUCAAUCUCAAGGACGCCAACCACUUUUAUCACAGAGCAUUCAGAAUAACAUUCCACCUGCUGGAGUUCAAAGUUCGUCUGACUUAUCAUCUGCACUACCUCCUUCUUCCGGUUUAACCCAGACUCCUAUCCCAAGUAUUGUUGGACAAAACCCAAACAUGCAAAAUAUGUCCGGAAGUUCACAGAAUUCAUUAGGGAAUUCCAUGGGCCAGGGGGUACCCUCCAAUGUCUUUGCUAAUUCUCAAAGGCAAAUGCCAGGAAGGCAACAGGUAGCUCCCCAACAGCAGCAGCCGCAGCAAUCCCAGAAUUCCCAGAAUUCCCAGCAGUAUAUGUACCAUCAACAGAUGCAACAUUCGCUUUUGAAGCCAAAAUAUCAGCAGGGAAAUAUGCCACAACUUGUGCAACAGCAACAGCAGCAGCAACAGCAACAGCAGCAACAGUUGCAGCAAGCAAAGCAGCAGCUUCCAGCGCAGAUGGAGGCGAACCAACACCAAAUGCCACAGCUUCAUCAAAUGAAUGAUGAAAAUGACUUGAAGAUGAGACAGGGGAUGGGUGUUAAGCCAGGGGUUUUUCAGCAACAUAUAUCCACAGGCCAGCAUGCUUAUCCGCAUCAGCAGUUGAAAUCAGGAUCUCCAUUUCCUAUUCCAUCAUCAAACCAACUCCUUCAGGCUGCAUCUCCUAAAAUUUCGCAACAUUCUUCUCCCCAAGUUGACCAGCAGAAUCUACCGACUCACCCGAAAGCUGGAACACCAUUGCAAACUGCCAGUUCACCUGUUGUCAUGCCAUCUCCUUCAACUCCCAUGGCUCCAUCCCCCAUGGCAGGGGAUUUUGAGAAACCUUCCUCACUACCAAAUGCUGGGAAUAUCGGACAUCAACAAGUAGCUGGGGUGGGAGCACCAGUCCAGUCCCUUGCAUUUGGCACCGCUGGGAUAUCAGCAUCUCCUUUGCUUGCUGAAUUUAGUGUACCAGAUGCUACUCAUGUUAAUGCUUUGUCAAUUAUUUUUGGCAAGUCGAGUGUUACCGAGCAGCCUCUUGAACGCUUGAUUAAGGCGGUUAGUAAAGUGGUUCUUAUUACAUAUUUCUCUUUUUGAGUACUGAAAUCGAUGUCACCUAAUGCAUUGAGUGCAUCUGUCAGUGACAUUGGCUCAGAUGCAUUGAGUGCAUCUGUUUGCUGCUGUGAGGUGGAAGGCUGGGCGUUGUCAUCAUUGUGGUGCUGCUACUCCCGCCACUGCUGCUGCUAGAAGAAGAAACAAGGGCAAGAAGGAUGUGACGCUGGAAUAAUUUAUAUCAUUUGCAACGUACUACGCGGAAAAGUAUUGUCAAACAUAGGCGGAUUCUGCUGAUAAUGCCAGGGCAGUGGAAAGGGAAGUGCAAUGGGCACUGCACAGUGCAUUGUAAAGUGGAUUGCACCAUUGUAGAGAUGCUGGCGAGGUUCAACAAAACGAAGAAACCGCAAGCGCAACUGCAAAAUGAAUGGACCGCAUUUUGAAAGAUUUCUAGCUAUUUGCCAAUAAAUUAAUUAAAGAGACUGCAUUUUUUUUGACGUUGUUUGUGUGUUUGGAACAGUAGAAAUGCUUAUUUACUUUUAUUGUAUGACUAUGGGAAUGAUUUAUCAUCAGUUUUACUUUUAUAUGGUUGAAUUAGAGGAGCUGUCCCUCUC